GCAACUGAAAGAUACUGAUGAGAAGUGGCCCCGCUCCUGCGUUUUGCUGGCCGAAGUAUGAUGUGUUAAGCCUGAUGCCUUGAUGUUGCACAAUGCCUGAUCAACACAAGAAGGUGAAACCUACAGAAAAGCCAGCAGAUACCAAACCUCAGGGGAUCACGGCUAGGGAUUACACUGAUCUUAAAAGGCUUCUGGAACUUCUCAAUGUCCAGUCAAGCAAGCAACAGCUGCCAGCCAUUAACUUUGAAAGUGCUAAAAAUAGCAUGACGAAGUCUGAGCAAUAUCCCAGCAACACUUGUGGAGAGAGAUGUAGAGGUCAAUGGCAAGAAUCAACUGAAGCUGUUGAGCUUGAAAACUUUAGUAUGAAUUACAAGAAUGAGAGAAAUUUUAGCAAGCAUCCUCAGCACAAGUUGUUUCAGGAUAUCUUCGCAGCCUUGGUUAAAAACCGGCUUAUUUGCAGGGAAUGGGCUAACCGAGCUUCAUCUAUCCAUUUUCUGAGAGUUUUAAUAUGUGUAAGAUUAUUAAUGAGAGAUCCGUCCUUUCAGGAAACACUCCACAAUCUGGGUGGGAUUGAACAUUUAGCACAGUAUAUGGAAACAGUAGCCAAUGACUAUCUUGGAUAUGGAGAAGAACAGCACAAUGUAGACAAACUGGUCAACUUGACGUAUAUUUUCCAAAAACUAUCUGCUGUUAAAGAACAAAGAGAGUGGGUUAUAGCCAGUGGAGCACAUAAAACUUUAGUAAAUUUACUUGGAACCAGAGACAACAAUGUACUGCUGGGUGCACUGCUGGCUCUCACUAGCUUGGCAGAAAGCCUGAAAUGCCGAGAGAGGAUAAGUGAGCUCAAUGCCGUUGAGAACUUGUUGGUGAUAUUGCAUGAAUAUGAUUUGCUUUCUAAGAGGCUGACGGCAGAGUUGCUCCGCCUUCUAUGUGUGGAACCUCAAGUCAAAGAGCAGGUCAAAAUGUAUGAAGGUGUUCCCAUCCUGCUCACUUUGCUCCAUUCAGAUCACCUAAAGCUGCUGUGGAGUGUUGUUUGGAUUCUGGUCCAGGUUUGCGAAGACCCGGAGACCAGUGUGGAAAUCCGUAUUUGGGGUGGUAUCAAACAGCUCCUGCAUAUUUUACAGGGGGAGCGAAAUCUAUUUUCAGAUCGUUCUUCCAUUGGGAGUUUAUCUAGUGCAAAUGCAGCAGGAAGAAUCCAACAGCUUCGCUUGUCAGAAGAUUUAAGCCCCCAUGAGUUGCAAGAAAAUACAUUCUCUCUUCAAGCAGCUUGUUGUGCUGCCAUUACUGAAUUGGUUCUUAAUGAUACAAAUGCUCAUCAGGUCGUUCAGGAAAAUGGAGUCUAUACAAUAGCAAAGCUAAUUUUACCAAACAAACAAAGGAGUGUUCCAACCGCAAACUUAUUGCAGUGUUAUGCCUUUAGAGCCUUGAGAUUUCUUUUCAGCAUGGAAAGGAACAGACAUCUUUUCAAAAGAUGUAAACAGUUGUUUCGCAAUAUCAGUGCUUAUGAAGAGUUGGUAGCGAAGCUAAAUUCAUUAUUGGAGGAUGAAGUUAAUCAAAUUGCGGAAAAUAUUGAGAACAUUAAUCAGAACAAAGCACCUACUAAAUACAUAGGCUAUUAUGCAAUAUUAGAUCACCUUGGCAGUGGAGCUUUUGGAAGUGUUUACAAGGUUAGAAAACACAGUGGCCAAAACUUUCUAGCGAUGAAAGAGAUCAAUUUACAUAAUCCAGCAUUUGGAAAGGAUAAAAAAGAUCGAGACAAUAGCAUGAAGAACAUUGUCUCUGAAUUAACCAUAAUUAAGGAACAGCUUUAUCAUCCUAAUGUUGUACGAUAUUACAGAACAUUCUUAGAAAAUGACAGGCUGUACAUAGUCAUGGAGCUCAUAGAAGGGGCACCACUGGGAGAACAUUUUCAUUCAUUGAAGGAAAAGCGACAGCAGUUUGCCGAAGAUAGAAUAUGGAAUGUAUUCAUUCAACUGUGUUUAGCUCUUCGAUAUUUGCACAAAGAGAAGAGAAUUAUCCAUAGAGACCUCACACCAAACAAUAUCAUGCUGGGAGAUAAGGAUAAAGUAACAAUCACUGACUUUGGUCUUGCAAAGCAAAAACAAGAAAAUAGCAAACUUACUUCAAUUGUUGGAACUAUUCUCUACUCCUGCCCUGAAGUUGUCAAGAGUGAGCCAUAUGGAGAGAAGGCUGAUGUCUGGGCUGCAGGAUGUGUCCUUUAUCAGAUGGCAACUCUUAGUCCUCCUUUUUACAGCAACAACAUGCUCUCCUUAGCAACUAAAAUAGUAGAGGCUACCUAUGAGCCUGUCCCAGAAGGUGCCUAUUCUGAAAAGGUGUCAGCUGUCAUUAAAAGAUGCUUGACCCCUGAUGCAGAGACUCGGCCUGACAUUGUAGAAGUCAGUUCACUGAUCUCAGAUGUUAUGAUGAAGUAUUUAGAUGGCUUAUCAACCUCCCAACUUGUCUUGGAGAGGAAACUGGAACGUGAAAGGAGGCGCACACAGAGGUAUUUCAUGGAGGCUAAUAGGAACACAGUGACAUGUCAUCACCAGCUUGCUGUAUUAUCUCAGGAACACUAUGAGAAGUCGAGCCUCAGCAGCAGUAGCAGUGGAGCAGCCAGUUUUAAAAGUGAACUUUCUGAAAACACUGACCUGCUGACAGAAAGCUUUCACCCAUCCUGUGGAAAAGAUGAAGACAAAGCCUGCCACGAAACCCUUUCAGAUGAUAACUGCACUUUAGAGACUUCAGAAAAAGAUGUCUUCACAGAAUUAGAUGAUGAACUGGACAUAUCAUACAAUUCCAGCAGCUGUAGUUCAAGUCCUCUUAAAGAAUCAGGAUUUGGUAUCAUAAAACGAAGCUUCAGUGCUUCUGAAAGGCAACCUCAGGCAAGAGAUUAUAUCGGAAUUUCAGGAACCAGGCCAAGACCAGCUUUGCUGCCCUUUGAUCUGCUUCUGAAAGCACCUUCGCUCAUGUUCAGGGGCCACGUUAAGAAAAUAGAGGACUCGUUAGUGACAGGGUGGAAAUCCCAUAGCCUUCCAGCUGUGAUUCUUCGCAAUCUGAAAGAUCAUGGCUAGCAACUAGGGACGUUUCCGUGGUCAUCAUCUGCAGGCAUCGCUGUGUCACAACGGAAGGUGCGUCAAAUCAGUGAUCCAAUUCAACAGAUUUUAAUUCAGCUGCACAAGAUUAUCUACAUCACCCAGCUUCCACCAACUUUGCAUUGCAACUUGAAAAGGAGAGUCAUUGAGAGAUUCAAGAAGUCCCUCUUCAACCAACAGAGCAAUCCGUGUAACUUGAAGUCUGAAAUUAAAAAGCUACUUCAAGGUUCUCCAGAGCUGAUUGAGCCUAACUUUUUCACAGCAGAUUGUCACUUACUGCUUGACUCCUCAGGUGGAAACAUGUUUGUCCCAGAUGACAGAUCAGGUCUUCCUAGCUCUUUUGAUCUGGAUGAAGGAAUAACAUAUGAACAAAUGCAGACUCUGACUGAAGAGGUUCUGGAGGAAAGCGGGUAUUACAAUUUCACCUCAAAUAGGUAUCAAUAUUAUCCAUGGGGGACAAGGAAUUAUCCAUCCAGAAGAUGAGCACCUGAAAUUCUGACUAGAGUGGCAUCUUUUCUAAUGAGGUCUUAACUGGCUUGACUUCAGGUUUUUAUUAUCUCAUUGCCAAAGGGAUGUACUCUGUUUUAAAGCACAAGGAAGGGGGAGCAUUCAGAAAUGUGAGGUAGGUUCCAAAGAGUCCCCCAAGCAGUGCCACUGCAGUACGCAACUUCAGCAGGAGCUUUUUGCAGUAUAUUCUUUGACUGGCAGGUGGAUCCUGUGCAUGCAAAAUUCUUCCUGGUUCGUACAGUAAGCAUACAACCCAGUA